AUGGCGCUCGGAGGUCUUCGCGGUGGAAUGGGCAUAGUGUCCCUGAUCCUGAUCGCAGGCGCAAUCGUCCUCCAAUUCUUCGUCGUUCUCAGCGGUGUCACGAACAGCACGCCUCUCAACAAGACAUACUUCUUGCAGGCCGAUACAUCAACAAUUGCGGGGUCAGGCCGGGCUGUUUCUCAAUGGACAUACUUCUACGUUUGCGGUGCGGGUAACCAGGAUUGUGGAUCGCCAGUUCCUGGUCUGCCACUUGGAUAUGCAUGGGUUGGGGGAAGCGCUGGUGCUCCAGAUGCGCUCGUUGGCUCUCACGGCAAGAAUACCACGAGCAAAUACUACUACUAUAUGUGGCGGUUCGGCUGGGUUUUCUACCUGAUCGGCCUCGUCUUCACUGUCUUCGCAUUCUUCACCUCUCUGCUUGCACCCUGCAGUCGUCUCGCAUCCGGAAUCUCGGGCUUCAUCACUAUGUUCGCUCUGUUCUGGUUCACUCUCGCAGCUGCCCUCAUGACUACCGUUUUCGUCAAAGCCCGGGACCGCUUCCGCGACGCCGGUCUCUCCGCCAAUGUCGGCAGCUACGCAUUCGGUUUCACCUGGGGAGCCUGGGCCGCCAUGUUUUUGGCAACCGUCUUCCUGUUCAUGGGCUGCGGAGCCGGUGGACGCCGAAACGACGAUCAUGUUCGAAGCUCUGGCACGGGAGGUAGCACACGAUUCUACCGCCGUCAACGAAGCAGACGCUCUGCUCGUGGCUCAUUCGUCGACACUGAGAGCCAACGCCGUGUCAAGGAUGAGUACGCUUAA